GCUGUGUACGGACGUAGCACCGUUUGAGUUAUCGGCGGUUAUUGUUGGAUGAAAAAAUGGCCGCAGAAAUGACGUUGGAAGUUUUUGAAAAGCAUUUAUCUGAUUUUAAAAAAGAGGAUAUACAGAAAAAAAUGGAUAUAGCCAGUAAUGUAAGCAAACAAUGUGAACUGCCUAAGAAUAUACCAACUGGGAAAGAUAACACUCCUCCCGUAAUGAAGUGCCAAAAGCUUACUGGAGUACCUUUAGUAACUUUAAUGGAUGUAAAUUCUCUUGACAAUAAGUCUAUCAAAUUUGAAGAUUGGUUAAAAGAACAAAAACAAAUGAUACAAAGCCACAAUUUUGAGUAUUACAGUAUACGGAAACUACUGUUAAAAAACUACACGCAACUCCUAGAAAUACCAACAGGGAUAAAAUAUAGUCAAGAGUACGAGGGUUAUAAGAAGUUUUUCACUCUAGUACAGCUGCCAGGGACAAAGGCUUCAAUCAUAGUCGAAAAACCAGAAACGGUCAUGGAGAGACAGAGGUUUUUAUACAAAAAGAUGAUGUACAGGGAACAAAAGAAAAACAUAGUGUACAUAGGGAAGGUUAACCUGAUCAUAAACCACGGUAAAUUUAGUUUCAAAGAAGACAACGUUGAAUCAAAAACUCGGUUUAUAAUAGCAGCGUCGCAAAAGUUUGGUCACUUGGGUUAUAUCUAUUGUUGCGGGAAUGGCCAGGAGUAUAUGACGAAUUGGGUAGAAGAGAAAAUUUUACCCCAACUGCCCGAGGAAAGCGUAAUAAUUUUCCAAGAAAACGUUCUAAGUAACGACGAAGAUAAAGUUGUUAGUGAUCUGUCGAAGGAGGAUAUUAUAAACUGGUUGAACGCUAACGAAGUGCCUCAUGAUCCUAAAAUGCACCGAGUAGAAUUGUAUAACCUUGUAAAGACAGUUAAAAAAAGUAGUGUCGAGAAACUGUCGUCAGCAGAACUCAGUUUUAGAGCAAGGGGCCAUAUCACAAUAAGGAAAAAGAAGUGCAAUUUAAACAACAACUUUUUUGAUCCUUUCUGGGGCUUUCUUGUGCAUGAGAUGAACAACGCUACCACAAUACCUUUAAUUAAGUCCACAAUGAAGCAACAUCAGCACGCAAUAACUAACACAGCAAAUACAAUCGUCCAAAAUUGUCCGCUUGAAUAUUGGAACAAUUUAGGUAACAUAUUGCUAGACAAAGAAAGAGAUAUAUAUAGAGAAGACUUGGAAAUAGAGCAUGUGAUAGAUAAACUGAUGACUAUGGUCAAAAAUGAAGGAUUGCCGAAAGAAUGGGAGACAAAUUCAAAGUUAGAUGAAUACAGUAGAACAGCGGAGCAGAAAUAUAUACUUCUUUCUGAUAAUCUAUUAAAAUUGUAUGAAAACAUGCAAAGAACUCAAUAUUACAAAUCAUUAAAUAUAUUUAAACAAUAACUAAA